CCCUCAGUAACUUGGCUGCCUUUUAUCCGGCGAGCCUCGCGGCGGAGAGUUUAUUGGUGCUGGAGCUGCAGCGCGCGGAGAGUGGAACGUGAGCACGAAGCGAGCGGCCGCGAGGGGGGUCCCCCGCCGGCUGGUCCGGCCGGCCGGCUGGCCAGUGGGUCGGUCGGUGACGGACGAUGCUCCGGCUGGUGUCGCUGAAGUUCGGGCGGCUCUACCGCUACGUGAAGCUGGCGGUGCUGGGCAUCCUGGCGGCGGCGCUGGCCCUCAACUCGCCCUCGCUGCUGGCCUCGCUGCAGCGCAACGAGCUGGCCGAGCGGCGCUUCUUGCAGCUGAACAAGUGCCCGGCCUGCUGGGGUACCAGCUGGUGCCGCAAGUUCCUCAACGGGCAGCUGCGCCUGGAGAGCUGGGGCCGCCUCCGCCUCCUCGAUUUCCUUAACGUCAAGAACGUCUACUUCGCGCGCUACGGGGAGCCCCGCGAGGGCAGCCGCCGCGUCGUGCUCAAGCGCCUCGGCUCCGCGCGGGAGCUCGCCGACAUCGACGCCAAGAUCUGCCGGCGCGCCACCGGCAGGGGACGCUGCGACCUGCUCCAGGCCCUGCACGCCACCGAGUUCGCCAGCAUCAACGGCGACGUCCGGCUUCUCACUCCCGACGUCGUGGAGGGCUGGUCGGACCUGGUGCACUGCCCGUCGCAGCGCCUUCUCGACCGCCUCGUCCGUCGCUACGCCGAGACCAAGGACUCGGGCAGCUUUCUGCUCCGCAACCUCAAGGACUCGGAGCGCAUGCAACUCCUCAUCACGCUCGCCUUCAAUCCGGAGCCCCUCGUGCUUCAGAGUUUUCCCUCCGAUGAGGGAUGGCCAUUUGCAAAGUAUUUGGGAGCAUGUGGAAGAAUGGUAGCUGUAAACUAUGUGGGAGAAGAACUGUGGAGUUACUUCAGUGCCCCAUGGGAAAAAAGAGUGGAUCUGGCAUGGCAGUUAAUGGAAAUAGCAGAGCAGCUGACAAACAAUGACUUUGAAUUUGCACUCUACCUCCUUGAUGUAAGCUUUGACAACUUUGCAGUAGGUCCUAGAGAUGGGAAGGUCAUCAUUGUCGAUGCUGAAAAUGUUUUGGUGGCAGAUAAAAGAUUAAUCAAACAAAAUAAACCUGAAAACUGGGAUGUAUGGUAUGAAAGCAAGUUUGAUGACUGUGAUAAGGAAGCUUGUCUCUCUUUUUCAAAGGAAAUUUUGUGUACUCGUGUCACUGUGGACCACAACUACUAUGCUGUUUGCCAGAACCUUUUAUCAAGACAUGCCACCUGGCGUGGCACUUCUGGAGGACUUCUUCAUGAUCCUCCAGCUGAAAUUGCCAAAGAUGGUCGACUUGAGGCCUUGCUGGAUGAGUGUGCCAAUCCAAAGAAACGAUAUGGUAGAUUCCAAGCUGCAAAAGAAUUACGUGAAUACCUUGGACGACUAAGUAACAAUGUGAGGUAGUUCAUAGUUGCUGGAUGAUCAGAAACUGUAUAAUGCUGGGAGAAAGGCACAUGGACACCUGAGUUCUGAACAUCAAAUGAGAAUAACCAGAAGAAGAAAAUAACUUCUAUAAACUUUUGUGGUACAUGGAGAAUGCCCUGUAUAAACAGAAAGGUUACAUAUCCCACUAUAAGUUAAGCUAUUUUUGACUCAAAUAAGAAGACUGAUAACUUAGUUGACUCACAUAUGUCAAUAGGAUUUCACAUAAACCUGCGUUAGUACCACGAUUUUGUGAGACUGAUGCCCUUACUUGGAAAGUCAAGUUGUAUUGGCCUGUUUUAAAGGCUUUUAUUUCCAAUGUCAUUGUCUUUCCCCUACCCCAUUCAUACUACUUACUAAAGUGGCAUUUACAUACAUGCUGAUAAGCCCUAGGUGUCCCUCAUUGUACCUGAAACUAGUAGGUUUUCAUUUAAUGCUGUGCGCCAUUUGAGUAUAGGUUUCCUAUGCUUACUCUAAUGUUGAGUUCUUUCCAUGAUUUCUUACUGUUUAUAUGCCUUAUUAAGAAUAUGCUUAUAAAAGCAUUCUUAAAUAUUGUGUGAACAUAACCUAGUUACAAUUGAAUUCUUUGUAAUUCUACUGCAGGUAAUGCUUCACAAACUGGUUAAUUAUAAAAUUCCACCUUUAUUCCAGUAUGUAAAAUAUAUAUUCAGCAGGGAAUCACUGUAUAGGAAUCUAAUUUUUAACAAAGAUAAGGGAUUGGAUCCAGACUUAGUCAUGCUUGGAGCAGAUAGACUGAAAACAAUUGGACUUUAAGAUGAUAAUAAUAAAUAUAGCCCCAUUGAUUUUAAUGGGUGCACUUUAAGCAUGACUUGAUGGAACCUAAACUUAGUUUGUAGAGAAACAGUACAGCUAGUUAAAAUACAGGCAAAACAACAUUUAGCUAGUAUAGUAAACCAUAAGCCAAAGAAAAUGGUUGUGUAUCGGUUCCUAGUCACUUAAAAUUAUGUACUGUAGUGGCGCUAACAUAUUGACUCAAACUUCAGCGAGUUGAUAGUUAUUCUUGGGAGAAACUUCACUACUAGUUAAAAGCCUAGGAAGCUCCACGUGCAAAUGAGAAAAUGCCUAGCAGGCUAGCAUUUAUUCCCCAUUAUUCAAAGUUCUGCUGAAUUUGCAAUGUAACAAUGUUUACGGAACUUUCAAGCAUGGGGUUGACUAUUUAAUAGUACUCUUCGUGUUUACUGUAGAGGCCUUGCAUUGCAUUAAGUCUUUCAGUUGUAAUUCAAACAAUCUUCUAAUGUUUUAUCUUCUGUUUACCUGAAGCAGCUCCCACAAGUCAUAAGCUGAACAAGAAACUUGAUCACUGCUAAACUUUUUUUAAAGGUUGCUUGCUUUUGUUUGCCCAUGGUAGCAAUCACAGAGGAACUGUUGAUUGAUUAAUUCUAAUCCUCAAAAAAGACUCCUGCUUAUAGCAGCAACCAAGUAACUACAACUAGUCAAUUCUUUAAGGUAGAAUAAAACAAAUUUGUGUACUCUGAGAUGUACUCUGAGUAUGGUGCUGAGAAAUAUUUCUGACCAGGUGGUGCAAAGCAGUAGGAAAGGAAUGAAUAACCCCCAGUCUAUUUCAAAGCUGUGAAAAUGUGUAUAUUAUCUUAGAAAGUUGGGAAGAAUAAUUGAAAACCUGCCAUCUAUUUGGCUUGCUUGAUCAUAGCAUACAGCUGCUUAUUUGCAAAUUGUGUCUUUACAGUGUGGCUUUCAUUCAUUUAGUUGUUGGACUAUCUCCUGCUGGAAGAAUUCUUCUUGCUUUGGCAAUGCCUUUCACCUCUGAAAUGGCAUAAACCAGAGCACAUUAGGCAUGCUUGGUCUCACUGAUUAAGUUAGACUGAAAUAUGCCAGUUAUUUCAGGUAGCAUAAUCUUGCCUAAUUUUCUCUGGGUUUCUUUGCAUGUAUUCACAUAGGAUUUCUGUUGGCUUUGUUUUCGUUCAAAUUUUGAGCAAAUCUUAAAUAUGAGACUAAACACUAGCCUGCCACAAGACCUUGUUUUACUGCAACAUUAAUACUCAUCUGAUGAAUGAGAUGUAAGAUUGCUGUAGGCUUUAAACAACACAAAACACUGCCAGCUAUUGAGACAGUUCAGCUGCCAAAUGUUCCUUGUGAGGUUGGGGUUGGAGUUCAUUGUUCCCCCUUGAAAUAAUGUGCUGACAAGCAGGAUUCUAAUGACAAAAGGAGUCCACAAUUUUCAGUGUACAGUACAGGGAAACACCUAUGUGGAAAGCAAUAAGUUUUCUUCAAUUUGCACCUACUAACAAGUAUUUAUUGUACAAGGACAAUUUAUAUUUCUAUCAUUGCCCAUGAAUAAUGGUUGAAAUAUUUUUGAAUGAGAUGUUUGGGGUUUGUAUGUGCAUAAAGACUGUCUUUUGUACUGUAAGUUACUGUUUAAUUUGAUUAUCAAAACUGUCUCAUGUGCCUUUAUACUAAGGUUGUUUUUACAACUCCUCUUGAUUAGUAAUAAAAAAUACUUUAAGAAA